AUGUAGUAUUCGGCAACUAGCAAAUGCAAAUUGAUGUCACCAUAAAUAGAACAAGAGAUGAACUCUAAGGGUUUAGAUAAUUCAAUUUUAGAAAUGAGUCCAAUGAAGAUAGAAACUUCUAAUCCAGGUAUUUCAACAACUUAGUAAUUGGUUUCUGCAUAAAAAUUUGGUGGGACAACUAUGAGAAUUAAUUCAAUUCCUCUUGACACAUUAUAACCACCUGAUUUACCAGAAUCUGAAGGAGUAUUAUCAAUUGAUAAAUAAAGAGAAACUCAAUCAAUGCUUAUAAAAUAGAAAUCACCAUUUGCUAAAUUGAUUAUUAAUUGUCAUUCAUUAAAGUUUGCAAAUAAAAUGAUAAGCUUUAUAAGACCUGAUUGUAAAUUUUCUUAAAAAUAACAUGAAAUUUUAAACGAUUAAGCAAGUUCAUAUAUGAAAUAGAAAGGGAAGAUAAGUGGUAAUUUUGUGCAAUAAAAUCUUAAUACAAUAGAUUUAUAGAUUAGACUUAAAAUAAGAACAUUGAAAAAUAAAAUAGUAAAUCAAUUAUCAGGAUGCUUGUCUUAAUUAUAUAAUUAUAUCCCAUUAAUAGAACCAAAUAAUAUAAAUAAAUUAAUCUGGGACUUUUUACUUUGUUUAAUUCGUAUAUAUUUGAUAAUAUGGUCUCCUAUCAUAAUAUCAUUUCCAUUUUUAUAAAAUGAUCAUGCAAAUUAUUUUUUAAUCAGUUGUGUAUUUCUUAUAUUUGAUAUAAUGAUAAGAAACUUUACUAUUUAUUUUCAUAAAGGAUUACCAGUCAAAGAUCGAUUAUAAUUAUUUAAAAAACAAAUUAAUUUUGGUUUAGUAAUAGAAUUAGGGAGUAUCUUAUUUGGAAUAUUAGUAUCCUUAGAUUAUUAAUUAAGUACAUGGUUUUUCAUCUUGUUUUAUUAUUAAUUAAGAAAUAUAAUGAAAUUAGUAGAUAUAAUACAAUAUAAUUUAAAACCCACUAAAAUGGUUAGUUCUAUAAUAGAUCUAUUUAAAUUGAUAGCUACAGUAUUAUUAAUAUAACAUUUUUGUGGUUGUUUAUGGUAUUCAAAUUUAUUUAAUAAUAAAUAGGUUAAAAUUAGGUUAGUAUUAUGAUAGUUAAGGUAAAAUGAAUUGGAUGAUGGAUGUUAAAGAUGAAAGUUGGUAAGUAUAAUUUUUGGAAUCUUUUUAUUUUAUGAGUGUAACAAUGUUUACUGUAGGAUAUGGAGAUAUAACACCAACAAGUAUAAGAUACAUUAUCAUAUAAUUAGAUUCACUGGAAAAGAUGUUUUGUAUUUGUUAUAUGUUCUUAUCAACAUUAUAAUAUUCGUAUUCAGUAAAUACAAUUGGAUUAAUUCUUACUUAGAUGAAAGAAAAUAAUGAAAUGAUAAGAUAAAAGAUGACUUGUAUUAAUGAAUAUUUGCAUUGUAAGAAAUUAAGUACUGAACUUUCAAUGAAAGUAAGAGAGUAUUUUAAUUUUUAUUGGAAUUAAGAAAUUAUAUAAAAAAAAAAUGAAUAAAUAAGACUUAUUACUUUAUUACCUGAAGAUUUAUAAAAGAAAUUAAAAUUAGAAUCAGCUUCAUCUUUAAUUAUAAAAUGUCCAUAUUUUUCUUAGUUUCCUAAACCUGCUUUAGAAUGUUUACUUUAAAGUACUGAAUUUAAUGUCUUUUAACCAGGAGUUUACAUAAAUCCAUAAGAAUAUAUAUAUAUAAUAGAAAAUGGAAAAGUUGAAGUGAUGGAAGAUAAGGUUUGAAUAUAAAUAUUUUAGAUUGUAAUUGACACUUUAAAAGAGAAUUAAUAUUUUGGUUUGCAAGAACUAUUUUCAUAAACUGAUAAAAUUAAUUAUAAAUCUGCUGAUUUCUCUAGUCUACUUAUGAUUCCUCGUUCUGAAGUAUUAAAAGUUAUUAGUAAAUUUCAAUUAUAAAUUAUACCUGAUAAAUAUUGCUAUAUUUGUCAUGAUAAACGACAUUAUACUCAUUAAUGUAAUGUUGUUCAUUAUAUUCCUGAUAUAGAAAAGGUAAUUAUGAGAUAUCAUUUUUUAAAUAUUUAAGAAAGAACCACAUUAAAACAAACUAAAAAAAUUAGAUCUAAGUUUUCUGCUUUAAAUGAAUAAAUUUUGAUAUAAGAUAGUGCAAAAAUAUAUUAAUUAGAAAAUGAUAUUAUACCUGAAAAUGAUAUUUAAGAAUAAUAAAGUCAAGGUUUUAGUAUUCAUUAAAAUGGACCACCUAAAAUUAAUGUUGUUACUUUUGAAGAUUAAUAAGGAUAAUUAAAUCCUCCUGAAUGGUUAGUAGAAACUUCAUUUAAUCCUGCUAAAUUUAUGCAAAGAACCUCUAUAUUAUAAUAGACUUAAAUUUUAGAUAGUUUUAAAAAUAAAAGAGAAAAAAAACUUUUAUUAUCUGGAACAACUAAUAAAUAAAGUGAUUAAACUAUAAUUUCAGAAAAAUCUGGAGAUUAUUAAGAAACUUUAAAUAAAUUGUAAUCUAUUCUACCUAAAUUAUAAAAUAAUGAAUAUGAGAAAUGUUUCUUAUUGAUAAAAAAAUUAGAAGGACAAUUAGGUUUAACAGAAAUACCAGAUUUUGAAUAGCUUAAAGAAUUUGAUAAAUUUGAUAGGGAAUGGAAUAUUGAUAGAAUUAUAACUAAAUUAAUGAGACCUAUUAGAAAAAAUAAUACAGAAUUAUUAAAUUAAUUAUUAAAUAAGUAUUCAAAAUAUUUAUUAUUUCCUUAUGAAUUUAUACGUCUAUUUAGAAAUUCAUUAAUUGAAGAAGAAGAUAUUAAAUAAAAUAAAUCAUAUUUAGAAUAAGUUAGACAUAGUGUUAGACAUUUUUUAAAAAGAAAGGCAACAGCAGUAUUCCCAAUUAAAUGA